CGGUUAUAAAUUUCGAUGAUUGUAUUGAAUUGUGUUAAGUAAACGCUGGGGAAGAGUGAUCUGACAGUUCAGUCGAAGAUGGAGUUAUUGGUUUUGUCCAAUCCAAAUAUCUCAACCAUCAUAACUUGGGCAUUCGGCGUAGCAUCAGGAGCAAAUCACGAAAGCAUCUGUAAUAAUACAACAUCUUGCAUAUUAAAUUCAAAUGUAUGGACUGAGCCACGUGGAAUAUCUGGUCUCGUUUUAAUUGUCAUUGCUCUUAUACUUGCAUUUGCCGUAAUACUCAUCAAAGAAUUACACACCAAAUCUACGAGGAAUGCCAUCAUCAUGUUCAUAACCUUGAUUAUUAUGAUCAUAGGUGUUAUAUCAGUGACUUUAUGUUUCAAGUUGUAUGAACAGCUAAUUGCCACAAUUGUGCCAUUGCUAAUAAUGACUUUCAUGAUUGCAACGUGUCUAGAAACGAAAGGCUCUGCAGCAAAAUGGAGGAUACUAUUAUUUUUUAUUUGCUGCGUAUUGGUGAUAUUUGGGAUCUUCUUCAGCAUUUUGAGUAUAAACAGAAUGUGUCGUGAUUCUUAUAGUAUCGCAUUUCCAAUUUUGUCGGCCAUUUGUUGGUACGAGGCGAUGUUGAUCGUGAUUGCCUUAACAUUAUUUUAUUUAAUGAAAAAAAUCGAACAAGAGGACUACUCUGUAGUUUAUAUGACUUUUAUA